AUGGAUACUUCUUCAUUCAAUCAAUAUGAUAUCAUUAUGAAUCAACAGAGCAACUAUGAUGAUCCGUUGGUUCAAUACUUUCUCAAUGAGGACACUACUUCAUCAUCAUCAUCGUUGAUGAUGAACAACAGUAGCAACAGUAUCAUCAACAACAAUAACUUUGACAUUCAUGGUUGUGGCAACAUCAAUGACACUACAUCAAUGUUUGUGUUGCAACAGGAUCCAAUUGCAGUGGCAACAACUACGACACAUCACUCCUAUCCCAGUUCACCAUCUGUCGUGCCAAACUCAUCGCCAUACGAUAGCAACUCUUCGUCGCUGUCCACACCAGAGCAACAGCAACAGCAGCAAUGCUUCAUCGUAGACACCUCCUCAUUGAAUGGACAUCAACAGCAGUUGGAGCAACAGCAACAACAUAUGUUGUACAAUGACUAUUCAUCAAUGCAACCAAUCUUUGAUGGUCAACAACAACAAAUUGCCAUGGCAGAGUUCCCUGUUGUAGAGUUUGAUGCAAUGACAAACAACAAUGUUGACACUGGAAUACACAUUUCUGAGCCAACUGUUGACGCUGGUGAAUAUCAGAUGUUCUCUUCAUCGUCACCUGACCAAUUGGACACUCAAUCACCAUUGUCAUCCAAUGAAGAUUCGAUUGAGAGCGAGGAGUCAAACACCUCACCAGCCCAAUCAUCGAAUCAAUCAAACAAGCAGAAGAAGAGAGGAACAGAGACACGUGUUCAGAAUCUUGUGCAUCCAUUGACAAGAGAAGAGUUGUUAAAACUUUCUGGCAAGGAGCCAGUCAAGAUCACUGAGCAAGACUCUGCUGUGUUGGCUGACGAACGUUCGUUCAAGAAGCAGCGUCGUCUGGUCAAGAACCGUGAGAGUGCACAGUUGUCGAGAAUGAGAAAGAAGAUAUUCAUUGAGGACUUGGAGAAGAAGAUCAGUGAUCUGACCUCUGAGAACAAGUCAUUGCGAGAUGAGGUGCUCUACCUCCAGGGCAUCCUGAAGCAGGUGUCCAAGAACCACCCAGAGGUCUCGCGUCAGAUCCAGCACCACGAGUCGAUGCGCACCAAGAAUGCCAAGGCGGCCGGUGUCUGCCUGCUGAUCAUGAUCUUCUCGAUUGGCAUCUUCCUCAACCCACAACAGGCAACUCAAUCACAGCAGUUGCAACCAUUCACCAAUUCCUUGAUCAACACCAGAAGAGUUAUUUCCAACGUAGAGAACAACAACAUAGCCUUGCCAGAGAUCACAUCACCAGAGUAUAUACAGUCGUCCGAUGUCAUGGAUGGCCUGACAGCAGCAGCAGCAGCGACAGCAUCUUCCUCCUCCAUGUCCUCUUCAUCACUCAAGACACCAAAGAGAGCUUUGGAGCCUGCACCUUCGACGCCGACACAACAAGAGAAGAAGCGCAUUAGAAUCAUUCCAACGAGUGAAGAUGAUGCCAGCACUACCGACCAUUUGACUUCAGUGGGACGCAUCGAGUCACCACGUCCAACAAGAGUGAACAGAGAGGAUUCGUCCUCGCCUGCCACUCCCAACAUUGUGGGCGACGGAGAUUUCAACAUUGUUCCCUCGAGCAGAUACCAGGACGGUCCAGUGCACUCGAGCUACAUUAUCUGCAGUGACCAGCCGAGAAUGGUCUCCAACAACUUGAACCAGACCACACAGUCCCUUCUCAACUCCAACCCAGCCACGCCAUUGACCAUUGGCCUUUUGAUUCCAAGUGACACACUCGGCAUUAAUGUUACCAAUGGUAACCUGCCACAGGAGCGUGCCAUCUUGGAGAUCAGCUGCCAAGUGAACAACAUUCGCAUCUGGAAUCCACUGUCCAUUCAAGAUCAUCUUCAGAGUCCCUUGAUGACCCAGAGGUCCUACGAUUCAAAUACCGAUCUUGUCAUCCACUCACCA